CAUAAUUGAAAUUAUUUAAGAAGACGUAUGUACAUAACCAGCAACAUAAUUAAUUGGAUUGGGAAGGGGAUAUUACGUCGGGUAGCAACAUUAUUGCACGAAAGGUGACAUGUUUGUGUUGUAAAAAAUGAGUAAGUGUACUAGUGGGGGGACCAGUUUUCCAUAGAAGCAAUGUCUCUAUCAACAAUGGUAGAAACAAUGGUAGAAACCUGACUUUUGUCUCAAAAUUUCCUGUCCGGAAAGAGCACGCAUCAAUAACAACGGCAUAACAGUUCUCGUAUUCGAGUCUAAGAAUCCUGGUGAAUUACAAUGGGAAUAACAGAAUCAGAUGAUCUGCCCUUACUACAAUUCAGUUCCUCUUCAGACAACUCUGCCACCAAAAGAACUGGGACAAUAUGGACAGCCGUGGCCCAUAUCAUAACCGGAGUGAUAGGCUCGGGUGUGCUCUCUCUGGCCUGGAGCAUGGCUCAGCUGGGCUGGAUAGCGGGCCCUUUUUUGAUGCUGUUUUUUGCCUUCAUCACUUUGAUUUCUACGUUCCUCCUCUGCGAUUGCUAUAGAUCUCCCGACCCAGAGUAUGGUCCUAUCAGGAACAGGUCCUACACUGAUGCUGUUCGGUUGUAUUUAGGAGAGAGGAGUGCUUGGAUUUGUGAGCUAGUUAUGCAGAUAAGUUUCUACGGGACCGGAAUUGCUUAUGUCAUUACUUCUGCGACCUGCUUGAGAGCAAUAGAGAGGUCAAACUGUUACCAUAAGCAUGGACACGAUGCUUCUUGCGAAUUUGGAGACACGUUUUACAUGCUGAUAUUCGGACUAGUUCAAGUAUUUAUGUCUCUGAUACCGGAUUUCCAUAGCAUGGAUUGGCUGUCUGUAGUUGCUGCAAUCAUGUCGUUCGCCUAUUCUUCCAUUGGACUGGGAUUAGGAGCCGCAAAAGUCAUUGGAGACGGAGUAGUUCAGGGCAGCAUCGAUGGUCUUUCUGCAUCGUCUAGGACUCAGAAACUGUGGCUGGUUUGUCAGGCACUUGGAGACAUUGCUUUUGCCUAUCCAUACUCAAUGAUUGUUCUCAACAUCCAGGACACUUUGAGAUCACCUCCACCGGAGAGUGAGACGAUGAAGAAUGCUUCGGUAGUUUCCAUCUGCAUCACGACGUUUUUCUAUCUCAGCUGUGGAGGCUUCGGAUAUGCAGCUUUCGGAGAUCAAACGCCGGGGAAUCUCUUGACCGGCUUCGGCUUCUAUGAGCCUUACUGGCUGAUCGACUUUGCUAACGCGUGCAUCGUUCUACACUUAGUCGGAGGAUAUCAGAUGUAUUCUCAACCGGUAUUCGCGGUGGCAGACAAAUGGUUGGCGGAGCAGCUCCCGGACAGCCCAUUCGUCCACAAACACUACACUCUCAAACUCCCAUUCCUGCCAGCUCUGAAGAUGAAUCUGCAGAGGGUGUGUUUCAGGACAGCUUAUGUUGUCUCAACAACUGCAGUAGCAAUGAUGUUCCCUUACUUCAACCAGGUACUAGGUGUUCUUGGAGCCCUCAACUUUUGGCCCUUAUCUAUAUACUUCCCAGUGGAAAUGUGGCUGAGACAGAGAAACAUCAGAGGCUGGACAACCACUUGGAUUCUUCUCAGGAGUUUCAGCCUUCUUUGCUUCGUUCUAACCAUGUUUGCUUUGGCCGGUUCGAUUCAAGGCCUUGUAGCUGCCCGGUUCAGCUAGAAACUCACAACUCCAUACUGUCUUUUCUGCCCAAGUCUAUAGCCAAAAAAAGGAAUUUCAGGUUAUUAUUGUGAAUUACAUAUGUUGUAUAGUAUAGGGCUCUAUUCCUUAGUUUCACUAAUUGUGCUUUGUUGCUGUCACAUGUGCCCACAUUAGUUUGCAUACAAAAAUUUUGAAGGGCUUAUAAAUUUUAGGGAUAAUUGAUAUUUGGUGUAAUUAUACCUAAAUUUUAUGUGGUUUGAAAAA